UUUAAGAUACGAUACACAGCGUUUUGACUUUCUAGUUUUUCCGUAGAAGGAAGAUAUCAGGUGCUCCCAUCUGAUUUACUUUAGGCGAGAGCAGGCACCGAAGUACUGACCUUCCCUCUUCUAAUUAUGAAUGUCGUUAGGGAGUUGGAUAAUCACGACAACUAUGUUUACUUCACAGCUCGUUAACUGUUCUGUUAUGUCAUGUCUUCGAAUGAACUAUUAUUAUUCGUUUUCGAUAUUCUUAGUUAAGCGAUAGAACUUUUAAAUAUUUUUCUAGACUUACAUAAAUGUACAUGGUCUUGUAACAAUGUGACUGACUGUAUAUGAAACACGGACUUUAAACAGUUGCCUAUUAUUUACUACCCGUUUAUAGCUCAUGAUUUAAGUUUCAAAAAGGAAAAUAAAAGAAUCCGCCGAAUGAUUUAUUCGUUAUAUAGAUUGCUGACAAAAUAAAUAAGGGUUAAAGUCUUAGUGUUUUGUACGAAACAUUUCUCGCGCGUCACUAGGUUGGGAAAUAUUUGACUAAAGGCCAGGCUAUGAACUGGCUCAUUUUGGAUACACGUGGAUUAACACUUGUUUUCUGAGUCUGAUCUAAAUGGAUUCAAAAAUUCCAAAGGAAUACGGCAGCACAAUAUGCAAUAUCAAAACCUUGAUGAAGAGUCUGUUUCUGGCUAAAGGCAUUGACCUGGUAGCAGUUGGAAUUCACGGUCUACUCACAUACACAUGCCCUGAUGUAGAAUGUCAUCGCCUAAAGAACAGAAGUGUGCUGAUCUUGCUAUUUGGUUGUUUUCACCUGAUAAGUUUGAUUUGUUGUAUACAUUGGAAAAAUGCACAUACAAAUUAUAGGGUAUUCAUUGCAUAUGUUUUAUGUAGCUGUGGCUUCAGUGGGUUGAUUUUAUAUCAAUCAAUAACAACGUAUGAAUAUCUGCAGGCACUUUCUCCGCACUUCUUAUUCGCAAUAAUUAUGACAGGCAUAUAUAAUUUGCUGGUUUUUAUUAUUUGCUGCAUGUUUUUGGUGGAGCUUUGUCAAAAAAAAGAAGAAGUCGGACGUUUUAUUGUUGAAUUGAAUUUGGCCAUUUAUGAAUAAUUUAACAAGAUUAGUUCGACUGAUGGAUCAAUGAUUCAUCUGAGUUUUUUUUAAAAUAAUAAAAAUAAAGUUUGUUCAUUUCAGACAUAAAAACGUUAAAAAACAAAAUUUGUUGAUGUAAUGCACUUAACAAUCGUGACAUUAUAAAGAGAAAAAUUCGUUUGCACAUUACUUGUAGAUAAAUAAGGUUUGCAAUGACAAGCUAUUGGUUUUUUGUUUCUUUUCUCUAAAUAAGACCUUUUACGUUGACGAUUAUUUGCAUAUGUUUAAAUAUGAUGCUAUAUAUGUAUUUCUUUUUUCAAAAAGUUAACUGUGAUAUGUUUAUAAAUUGUAUUACUUAGUUUGUAGUAUGUUGAAUAUCAUCAUUUGUUAAUGCUCAGGAUUUAAGUAGUGUUGAUCUACUGAUAGUAUUUCAAUUUCCUUUUAAAGCAUUACAUGUUGUAUUAUGUAUUAGAACAUACAUUUUGCUAUAUGUGAUUAAUGAAGAAAAAUUACACAAUAAAUCAAUUAAAAAAAAUACUUGUUCUUUCAACAAAAGACAUAAUUUGGAAAAUGUCAUUAAAAUCUUGAAAAGCAACAAUAUUAUAUGAAAAUUUGCAGACUUGGUAUAAUUGGGUCAGUUUAUGGGAAAUAAU